AAUUUUCCGUACCAUAGGGACUACCUUCUCAAACGUAGACACGCCCACAACCAAUUCUGAUCAUCUUCUCUGAACAGACUAGCUAUUCCCCACGGUGUUCGGCGGGCGGGGAACUUUGAUUUGUGAAGUCGUGUAUGGAGGAAUGAUGGAAACUUUGCACAGGAGGAUAGAGACAUGGAUCAAAGAUCAGAGUGCAAGGAUAAUGAGCCUCACCCGGCCGCCCCUGCAGUGGCCAAUGGCGGUGAAGUGGCCUUGGGGCGAUGGCAAAGAGCAGAGGAAGAGAGUUCAGGAGGAGUUUGAACGGAGAAAGAAGCAACUCAAGGAUCUCUGCUUCGCCGUUAAGGCUGAAUCUGUCUCCGAUUUGCAGGAUAUCCUUUGCUGCAUGGUGCUGUCUGAGUGUGUUUACAAGAAAAAUGGAACUGAAAUUAUACGAGUGGUGAACAAGUUUAUGGCUGACUUUGGAGGAAACGUUUCUAUAGAACGUGUUCAACCCUCUUCUGAUCAUGUUCCACACAGGUAUUUGCUAGCUGAAGCAGGUAACACCUUAUUUGCUUCAUUUGUUGGGACCAAGCAAUACAAGGAUGUCAUGGCUGAUGUGAAUAUAUUUCAAGGUGCCAUAUUUCAUGAAGAUCCCACAGGAGACUUUAACGAGAACGAAUCCACAGAAGUGGACAGUCAGAAGAACAGCGUUGAAAAUUUCUCAAAAUCUAUGGACUUGAUGCCUAAACCAACAAAACCUAUGCCAAAACCAGCAGUUCACAAGGGAUUCUUGGCUCGUGCUAAAGGAAUACCUGCAUUGGAGCUGUACAGGCUUGCGCAGAAAAAGAAGCGGAAACUUGUGUUGUGUGGCCAUUCACUUGGUGGAGCUGUCGCAGUCUUAGCUACUCUUGCCAUUUUAAGGGUUGUUGCUGCUUCAUCAAGAGAGCAUGAAAAGGUUCAGGUGAAAUGUGUCACUUUCUCCCAGCCACCAGUUGGAAAUGCUGCUUUAAAAGACUAUGUGAAUAGCAAAGGGUGGCAGAACUACUUUAAAACCUAUUGUAUUCCAGAAGAUUUGGUGCCUCGUAUAUUGUCUCCUGCAUAUUUUCACCACUAUAGUACCCAGUCGCUACCAACACAUUCUGAUGCUAGUGGCUCGCUAUCUAUAUCAAAACCAAAAGGGGCUGAUAAGAAGAAUGGUGAAAGAGGAAAAGAAAAGGAUGGGGAGCAACUAGUUCUCGGUGUAGGUCCUGUUCAGAACCCAUUUUGGAGACUCUCUAGGCUUGUGCCUUUAGAAGGUGUGAGAAGUCAGCUCUAUAAGUACAGAAGGAAGAAGGAUGGACCUCUUGAAUCAUCUGCUAACAGUGCUUCAGCAUUACCAUCAUCUCUUAAUGAUAUAUCUACCCCACAGUCUCUUGAAAUCCAGGAAGGCUCUGACGGAAUCACUCUUCAACCAUUGCCUCAGGCAAAUGAAUAUAUUUCUGGUGACCUGAAGAAUGGAAAAUCUUCUGCCAGUAAUGGGGAGAAGAGGGCACGAAGAAUAAUUCCUUCAUUACCUUCAUAUGUACCGUUCGGUCAGGUU